AUGCAACGUCUCGCACAAAACCACACAGAUGGUAGGUUAACACCUCAUCCAAGUGAUCCCGCCAGAAUCAGUUUACCUCCGAUCAGGAACCUUUUCAACGAGAUCCAGCAGUCCCACUUACUACCCACGAUGAUUCCAAAGGAACCGCUGCAUUCCAUGAAUAUGAAUAUCUACACAAGCGAUUUCAACAGGGUGCCGGCAUCGUUUGACAAAGACCAUCUUCGCCAGGACUUCCAACAACAGCAUGCACCGGCGGGAUUUGGCAGCGUCGAGUCGCUAGGCUCGCCGUUAAGCUGCACGGGCUCUACCAGCUCGAGAACUUCUAUGUCGGAUACAGAAUCGAGGGAAACUGCGCCGACAGAGCCAGUUUCACCCGAACAAUUCCCGAUAGCUCUAGAGGAUAAGUCAACUACGUUACUCAGUUCCACACCCAGGAAGUACAAGUGCCAGAUGUGUGGUAGGCCGUUUACCACCUCGGGACACUUAGCUAGGCAUUCCAGGAUCCACACGGGUGAGCGGAAACACCCUUGUCCACACGAAGGAUGUGACGCGAGAUUUUCGAGACAGGACAAUUGUAUGCAGCAUUAUAAGACGCAUCUUAACGCCCCUAUGGGCAGACGAGGCAAGAAGAGAAAGCCUUGA